UUGCUUAUCUCAUACCCAUGUCAAGGUGAGCUGCUUGUAUAAAAACCCAACUUCCUUCAGCACCAGCCUCUCCAUCAACUCCUCCGAGGAUGAAGUCCCUGGUCCUGCUCCUCCUGCUGUCUGUGGGUGCAGCCAGCGGUGCCGGCUUAUCCCGGGCCGUGUGGGAGUUCCGCAGCAUGAUCAAGUGCACCAUGCCCAACAGCCGUCCUCUGCUGGAACUUGCUGACUACGGCUGCUACUGCGGCUUGGGAGGCAGCGGAACACCGGUGGAUAACCUUGACAGGUGCUGUCAAGUACAUGAUAACUGCUACUCGCAGGCAAAUAAACUAGAAUCCUGCAGAACCCUGGCGGACAACCCCUACACAAAUUCAUACAGCUUCAGCUGCUCCAGCGGGCAGAUUACAUGUAAAAGCAGCAACAACGAGUGCGAGAUGUUCAUCUGCAACUGCGACCGGGCCGCCGCCAUGUGCUUCGCCACGGCCACCUACAACCCCGAGUACAGCAGGCUGGACACCAAGCAGUACUGCAACUAGAGCCGCAG